UUUUCGCGAUCUGUCCCACCCAUUAUCCACCAGCAGAGCUGCUUAGAACCUAUUCAAAAGGGAAACUAGCAAAAGGGAAUCAUGUUCGUCCUCAUCGGUGUGCGAGAUACCGUCCCCGUAGCCCCGAAAACUUUCGAUAUUCCGCCUGUCACUACCAUAACAGAUGCAUUGAAUACCAAAUACGCAAAUAAGCUUGUUCCAGAAAAGGGUUUGGCCCUCUCAGUGUUCGAUAUCCUCACAGCUGAAGAUGGCAAAGUGACCUGGGGAAAUGGCUUAAUGUAUUAUAAGGUAUCUUUCAGAUUAAUGCUCUUCGCACCUUUUGUUGGAGAAGUCAUCGUGGGCCGGGUUCUCUCAACUACCAAGACUUAUAUUCGAGUAUCUCUGGGAUUCUUCCAAGAUAUCUACAUUGUCCCUUCGCUUUUACCUCCGAACUCCGCCUACGAUCCUCAACAAAAAGCAUUUUUCUGGGUGGCUAUUGAUGAUGAGUCGACCUUAACCCAAGAACAACUGUUAAAUACCGUCAUUUCUGAGAGAUUAUAUAUAGAUCUAGGAGAGGCGAUCCGUUUUCGUGUAGACUCCAUCGAAUGGCAAGAUGUGCGCCCUACACCCCAGGCCAUGUUGGCGGAGAUGAACGGCGAAGCGGUGGAGGGGAAGGACCCCAUUGAGAAGGCAGGCUUUAAGAUCUUGGCGACAAUAGCUGAAUCAGGUCUUGGUGUGACAGCUUGGUGGCCUGGGCGAGAGGAAAAUGAGGAGAUGUAUGAGGAGUAAGGACAUUAGAUCUUGCCGGACCAGAGGAUAUUGUGCAAGCAGAGGGUUACAGGUUCUUGAUCUCGAAUAGAGACUUACUCGCGAAAAUAAGAGGCCUCAGAGAGCACACGCAGUCAGAGUAUCACAAUACACCUUACGACGCAU